AUGAGCGGAAGUAAAGUUUAUGUAUAUUUAUGUGCAGCACUGUCUGCUAUUGGGGGGUUACUUUUUGGAUAUGAUAUCGGAGUCAUAUCUGGAAUUCUCACGAUGAAACAUUUUCGCGAUGAAUUCCCUACUGGCCCUGUAAAAGAAGGAACAAUCGUAUCAUCACUUUUAGCAGGAUGUUUUUUUGGCGCACUCAUAUCAGGAUAUUUUGCUGAUAAAAUCGGUAGAAGGUUCUCGAUUCUCGGCGGAUCUCUUUUGUUUAUAGUCGGUAGUGUUUUACAAGCAACUGCUACAACUUUUGUCCAAUUGUACUUUGGAAGGAUCAUUGCUGGUCUUUCAAUUGGUGAUCUUUCUAUGAUCGUACCUCUGUAUCAAUCUGAAAUUAGUCCAAAAGAGAUUCGCGGCCGUUUGGUAUCUCUUCAACAGUGGUCGAUUACUAUAGGGAUUGCAAUUUCAUUUUGGAUCGAUUAUUUUACAGCACGAAUCGAUUCACCUGCACAAUGGAGGAUUCCACUAUGGAUUCAGGUUGUUCCGGCAAUAAUUCUUGCUGUCGGGACGCUUUUCCUUCCAUUUUCACCACGUUGGUUAAUGGAUCACGAUCGCGAGGAAGAAGCAAUAGUAGUAUUAGCAAAAUUACGAGCUGGAGGAGAUAAAAAUGCGGCAGUUGUACAAGAAGAAUACUUGGAAAUCAAAGAUAAUGUUUUAUUCGAACGAGAGUUUGCGGCAAAAAAUUAUUUUGAAUUGGUGAAAAAAGGUCCUGAGAAUAUUCGUAGAAGAAUGAUAUUGGGAAUUUUUAUUCAGAUUUUUCAACAAUUGACUGGAAUUAAUGCUAUCAUGUACUACGCGCCUCAAAUUUUUCUUAGCGCUGGACUUGAAAAAAAUUCAUCCAGUCUUCUCGCUACAGGAAUUAAUGCCACAAUUCCUGCAAUACUUUGGAUUGAUCGUUGGGGACGUCGACCAACUCUAAUUUCUGGGGGCAUAUUUAUGGGAAUAUCAAUGUUAAUUAUAGGACUUAUAUUAGCAAUAGACGGAUAUAAAUAUUACGAUCCUGACAUAAACAAAAAUUCGGUACAUGUAAGAAAUAUAUCUUGUUCUUACGCUGUUAUUGUUUUCAUAUACACUUUCGUGGCUAGUUUUGCCUAUUCUUGGGGUCCGACCGGAUGGAUUUACCCUGCUGAAAUUUAUCCUUUACGUAUUCGAAGUAAAGCAAUGUCUGUUACAACAGCUUCUAACUGGUUGUUUAAUUUUCUUAUUGGACAAAUUGUUCCGACAAUGAUGGAUAAGAUUACAUGGGGAACAUAUAUAAUCUUUGGAGUUUUCGGUAUAAUCAUGGCAAUAAGUGUGUUAAUCUUUUAUCCAGAAACAAAAGGAAAAUCAUUAGAGGAGAUGGACGGUCUAUUUGGUAAAACACACCCACGUUCAACAAAUCGACAAAUUCCUCCGUCUUCAAUAGGUGACUUGGAACAUGGAGUGUCUGAAGUAAGGAAAGAAGCAAGUUUAUCUACUUCUCCUGCUGAAAUUAAUGUAGUCGAGUCUCCAGAAAAGACGGCAAAUUCCGGUUAA